UUCUAGGUGGAGCCAGGUCCUGGUCGCUGUUCCUGUUUCUGGUACAGGAUGUACAGGAUUGGUGUGCAGUAGGAUCUCGACUGUAAAAGAAAAAUCGCAUGAAGCCAUGGAACCCUCAGAUACAGAUCUGAUCUCAGCGAUGUCUGGAAUGAAGUUUAGUGAUGCUGUGUGUAAAAAUGUCGUCCAGCAGGAAGAAUCAGACACAUCAGCAUCCAGUUGUGUUUCCUUCAAGAGUGACCAGUCUAUGGCUCCACCACUCAAAUUAAGGGCUGAACCUGGUUCUUCUGGAAGUGGUGUCGUCCAGCAGAAACAAUCAAACACAUCAACAUCCAGUUGUGUUUCCUUCAAGAGUGACUGGUCUAUGGCUCUACCACUCAAAUUAAGGACUGAACCUGGUUCUUCUGGAAGUGGUGUCGUCCAGCAGAAACAAUCAGACACAUCAGCAUCCAGUUGUGUUUCCUUCAAGAGUUACCAGUCUAUGGAUCCACCACUCAAAUUGAGGACUGAACCUGGUUCUUCUGGAAGUGGUGUCGUCCAGCAGGAAGAAUCAGACACAUCAGCAUCCAGUUGUGUUUCCUUCAAGAGUGACCAGUCUAUGGCUCCACCACUCAAAUUAAGGACUGAACCUGGUUCUUCUGGACGUGGGAACAAGCAGAGAGCUGAGAUUCAACCAGCAGCAGCAAAGAUCAAACAGUUUCAUCUUUCAGGAGAAGAAGAGGUGUCUCCCAGUACUCAUGACUCUCAAACGUGGACAGCAUUAACCGAGAAAGAAUUCUGCAAUAAAUUCAGAGCGAAGCUUGGGCGCCGAUUUCAGCUGCUAUCGGAUGGUCUGCAAAUCCAAAGUCAGUCAACCCUCCUGAACGACAUCUACACUGAGCUCUACAUCAUGGAGGGAGGAACUGGAGAAGUCAACAAUGAGCAUGAAGUGAGGCAGAUCGAGAUGUCGACCAAGCUACACCAAUUAGAAGAGGACAAGAUAAUCAAAUGCAAUGACAUCUUCAAGCCCUUGCCGGGGCAACACGGCCAAAUCAGAACUGUCCUGACAAAGGGAGUCGCUGGAAUUGGAAAAACAGUGUCUGUCCAGAAAUUCAUCCUGGACUGGGCUGAAGGCAAAGCCAAUCAGGACGUCGACUUCAUCAUCCCACUUCCUUUCAGAGAGUUAAACCUGAUGAAAGACCAGCACUUCAGCCUGGAGGGUCUCGUUCAUCGAUUCUUUCCUGAACUAAAGGGAGUAAGGUUUAGUACCAUCGCCAAGCGCCGCAUCGUGUUCAUCUUCGAUGGUCUGGACGAAUGUCGUCUACCUUUAGAUUUUCAAAACUGUUCACUUGUACAUGAUGAAACUUGGACAACAUCUGUAGAUGGUUUGUUGGUAAACCUUAUCAAGAAGAAUUUGCUACCGUCUGUGCUCAUUUGGAUGACCACUCGUCCAGCCGCGGCCAGCCAGAUUCCUGCCGAAUGCAUUGAUCAGCUCACUGAGAUCCGAGGCUUCAAUGACCCUCAGAAAGAAGAAUAUUUCAAGAAGAAAAUCAGUGAUCAGAACAUGGCCAUCAAAAUCAUCAUGCACCUAAAGCUGUCAAGGAGCCUCCACAUCAUGUGCCACAUCCCGGUGUUUUGUUGGAUUUCCGCCACCGUCCUGGAGAAGAUGUUUAGAGACGCUGAAGAUGCGGCGGUUCCCAGGACUCUCACUCAGAUGUACACCCACUUUCUCAUCAUUCAGACGUCUGUCAGAGAGAAGAAAUAUCCUCAGACUCAACACGGUGACAAAGAGAUGAUUUCCAAACUAGGCCAACUCGCCUUCAAACAGUUGCUCAAGGGCAAUCUCAUCUUCUACGACGAAGACCUGAGAGAGUGCGACAUCAACGUCGAGGAUGCAGUCACAUAUUCAGGAGUUUGCACACAGAUCUUCAGAGAGGAGUUUGAACUACUUCACGGUCAGGGAAAGGUCUUCUGCUUUGUUCACUUGAGCAUCCAGGAACAUCUCGCAGCUUUGUAUGUUCACCUGACCUUCAGUGAAGGAAACAAAUCUGUGCUUAAUCAGUGGAAUCCAACCAAGGGUGCUAAUACGUUUCAGUGUUCGUCCGUGGCCGACCUUUACACGAGCGCUGUGGAUAAAGCCCUGCAAAGCCAAAAUGGACAAUUUGACAUGUUCCUUCGCUUCCUUCUUGGUUUGUCUCUAGAGACCAACCAGGUUCUCCUGCAGAUCCUGCUUCCUCAGAAAUCUGCUUAUAGUUCCCAAAGUGUUGAAGAAACGACUGACUACGUUAAAUUCCGGCUUAGGAUGAAUCUGUCUCCAGAAAAAUACAUCAACCUGUUUCACUGCCUGAACGAGCUCAAUGACUUCUCUCUAGAGGAGGAGAUACAACACUUCCAGAAAUCCAGGCGCCUCUCCAAGUCCAAACUCUCCACGUCACAGUGGGCCACUCUGGUCUUCGUCCUGCUUACUUCAGGAAGUGAGCUGAACGUCUUUGACCCCUGGAAAUACACCACUGAUAAUGUAGAUGAAUGCCUUCAUAGAAUGUUUCCUGUUCUGAUGGCAUCAAGGGCAGCUGAGGUUAGUCUCCCUAAACUCUCAGACAAAGGCUUUCAAGCCCUGGCCAAAUCCAUCAGUUCAGCAUCUACAUGUGUCAGAGAACUGAAACUCAGCGGGACCCCGCCACAGUCUGGCAUCAAAAUACUUUCAGAGGGUCUCAAAGAUCCACACUGUAAACUUGAGAUACUGAGGUUGUCAGACUGUAAUGUUACAACAGAAGAUUGCGGAUUACUGGUCUCAGCUCUUAAUUUUAACCCUUCACAUCUGAAAGAGCUCGACCUGAGCUUCUGCUCUUGGAAUGAUAUUGGAAUGUUGAUGCUUAGAGAAUUUCUGAAGAAUGCACACUGCAGGCUGGAGAAAUUAAAGCUGGUUGGCUGUGAACUGAUAAAGGAAAGCUGUUCGGACCUGGCUGCAGCCCUGAGCUCCAACUCCAGCCUGACGAACCUGGAUUUAAGUACAAAUGAUCUUAGAGACUAUGGAAUAAAGUUGCUCUCUUCUGGACUGAAGAAUUCAUCCUGCAAACUGAGAAGUGUUAGCCUGGCAGAUUGUAGAAUCACAGAGAGAGGCUGCCGCUCACUGUGUACAGCUCUGAAAUCAAACCCAUCGUACAUCCGUGAGCUUUGUCUGAACAGGAACGAGCUCGGUGACGGUGGAGCGCAGAUCAUCUCAGAUUUUCUUAAACAACCCUUCUGUACACUGGAGAAACUAAGUUUGUCGUACUGCGGUAUCACUGAAGGUGCUGCUGCACUGGUCUCUGCCCUUGAACUGAACCCAUCACACCUCAGAGAGCUGGAACUGGCCGGAAACAAACUAGACGCCUCUGUAAAGACAAAACUCUCCGAUCUACAACAGCAUGAAGGCUACAGACUGGAAAAAUUAAAAUAAGUGCUACUAUUUUAAUAAUUUGAGAAUGUUAACUAAGUUUUAUCGGGAGCUGUGGUGUUUGUGACCAGUGUCAUUAAGGUGAAUGCUGAUUGCUGCUACAAACAAUCCAUUUAGCAAAAUCUUCCAGACGAUGGAGGAACAUGUCAAUGUGACAUACAUACCUUUAAAUGCAUUAGCAAGUACAUUUUAAGCUGCUUUUUAAUCACCUGACAAGCAAUGAAUGCUUAAGAUCAGAUCAACAUAAAGACCUGAGUGAUUUUGAUGGAAACCAAAUCGUUAUGAUCAGACGACUGGGUUUCUCCAAAACAACAAGGGGUGUCACAGACACCAAUAGUGGUACUAGUAGGGACUAAUCACAAACCACCAACAGGUUGUUGGGCAGCCAAGACACUUUGAUGACAGAGAUUCAAGAUUUAAGAGUUUUAUUGUCACAUGCAGUUACACUGUACAAUGAAAUUCUUACUUUGCUUGUCCUCCAUGUAUAUAUAUAUCUAUAUCUAUGUAUCUAUAUAUAUAUAUAUAUAUAUACUGUAUAUAAAACAGAAUAAAAACAAGAAUAAGGCAUCAGAAAAAAACUAAUAAAAAAUUAAACCUCUGCAAGAGGACAUGAACACUGUAACUACACUAUAACUACAUAUGGUACAGAUUAACAGAAGAUCUACUGUGGUUCAAAUUGCAGCUCAUUUAAAGCUACAGAUGAUGAGGGGAUUGUGUAACAACACUACACACAUCGAACCCUUGUGUGUACGGGGUCAAUGUUCACUCCUGCCCGCUGUCAAAAGCACUGACAAUGGGCACACAGGAAGAACGGAAGAAAACUGACCAGUCUGAUGAAUACUCUUUUCUCCAGGACCAUGUAGACGUCUGGGCACAGCAUGUUGGGUGGGUGGUCCUAAUGUUUCAGCUCCUCUGUGUAUAUUUCCAAGAUCCAUCAAAUCCUGUGAUGCAUUUAAUGUGGCAUUAUCAUUUAUUCAAUUAAAAACAAACUCAUAUUUGGACAGUUUGGAUAUAUUUUAAAUUUAGCACAUUUUAUCAACCACUCUGGGUCCAUCAACAAACACUGUACUUGAAUACAAAUGAACAAAUAAAUAAAUUACUGCCGUUUUAUGUGUUAUUGAUGUCGUGUGUCCACUGUUAGUGAACAUACGAGGCUCUGGUACUUAUUGCAUGUUUUCAGAAUUAAAUUUUGUAAUGUUUUAUACAUUUGUGUAAA